AUGUCUUCAAAUACGAUGACUCUGAUUGAAAAGCUGUCAGGAAGAGAUAAUUAUCCCACCUGGAAAUUCUCUGUGCAAACUUACCUUGAACACGAGGAGUUGUGGGAUUGCGUCGAGUCUUCAAAUGAAGUUGAUGUUAAAAAGGACACCAAAGCCAAAUCCAAGAUAAUUUUAUUGGUUGAUCCUAUCAACUAUAUACAUAUUCAACAAGCUAAAACGGCAAAGGAGGUGUGGGAUAACCUGGCAAAAGCUUUCGACGACAAAGGACUGACCAGGCGAGUCGGAUUAUUGAGAGACCUGAUCACAACGACACUAGACGGAUGCCAGAACAUCGAGGACUAUGUUAACAGAAUUAUGUCAACUGCCCUCAAGUUAAGAAACAUAGGUUUCAUUGUAAACAAUGAAUGGUUGGGUACUUUACUUUUGGCAGGAUUGCCGGAUGUUUAUCAACCAAUGAUAAUGGGCUUAGAAAGUUCUGGUUUGGCAAUUACAGCUGACUUAGUAAAAACCAAGCUCCUUCAAGACAUUAGAAAGUCAGAUAAUGCUGCGCUGUAUGUUAACAGAAGUAAAAUUAACUCACAGAAUGCCAAACAAACUUCAGACAAAUCAAGUAAAGCAAAUAAAGGUCCAAGGUGUUUUAUCUGCAACAAGUAUGGGCAUGUAAGCAAGUACUGUAGAAGCAAGAAAAAGGAACAAAAGUCAAAUGAGAACUCCGGCUAUGUGGCAGUAUUUUCAGCAUCAAUGAGUAAUGACAAUGGCUGGUAUGUAGACUUGGGAGCAUCAAUGCAUCUCACAAUGCACCGUGACUGGCUCUAUGAUGAAAUACCACCUCUGGUUGAUACUAUUAAAGUGGCUGAUGACAAGAAACUCACUGUGAAAGCAUGUGAAUUCACUUCAGAACCUGAUACACAUAAAGCUGAAAACCAUAAUAGUGAAUUAACAUUAGAAACAUCAGAACAAAGUGCAACAAGUGAUGAGUCAUAUCACUCAGAUGAAGGAUCUUUGUAUGAACCUGAAGAAACAAUAGAUUUGCAAGACAUAUAUUCAAAUGUGACAACCAGAUCAAAAAAUAGAAGAAAUAUAGAAGAAAUAGUUGACGAUUUAAAUGGUUGCGAGAAUGCAGAAAAAGAAGAGACUGAAACUAAGGAUGAAUGUCAAGGACCAUCUCAUGCUGAAGCUUUUGAAGCUCUAGAAAUAGCUUUUAAGUGGUUUGAAAGACAGGAGGAAUCGGAUUCCUUACAGCUGUUACAACUGAUGCGCAUCAGGGAUUUAGCUGCAUUGAAAAGAUGUGAUUCAUUACGUCAAAGAUCAAUAACAAGUUAUUUUCAACCAAAAUUGUAA